CGUCUUGUGUGUGACCCGGAAGUAUAAAUCACAGACAGGAAAGGAUCAAUAUGGCAGAACACCGAACUGACCGUUUGGGUCACCACUUAGGAAUUCUACCUGCACCUCACACUUGGGAGAAAUAGCACUAGGAGGAAUACUACAGAAUCUUUUUGGGACAUACAAGGUGCAGAACCGUAUCAUGGCUUUGUGUGGUGCACAACUGGGACUUCUCUUCUCAGAUGCAUUGUGGACACUGAGUAUGCGAAAUUUCAGCCUCUCGGCAUCAUGUAGUGCCAUUCAGAAGAUGACCCGUGUUCGAGUAGUGGAUAACAGCUCGUUGGGUAACACGCCCUACCACCGGCCUCCUAAGUGCAUCCAUGUUUACACCAAGACUGGAGUUGGAAAGGUGGGAGACAAAAUCCUCUUGGCCAUUAAGGGCCAGAAGAAAAAGGCUGUCAUAGUGGGUCACAAGAUGCCCGCAGGCUCUAUGACACCUCGGUUUGACUCUAAUAAUGUAGUGCUUAUAGAGGACAACGGUACCCCUGUAGGCACAAGGAUAAAGACUCCGAUCCCCACUAGCCUGAGGAAACAAGAGGGCGAAUACUCCAAGUUGUUGGCCAUAGCACAGACAUUUGUGUGAUGCAGAUUAAAGGCACUUGUUGUACUUAUGGACUGAGCUGCGCCUGAGAUAGGCUAUUGUCUGUAUAAAGGUUGUCCAUGGUAGCCCAGAAUUAAUUCUGUGCCAAAACGACUGCACACACCAUGCUCAUAAUCACCAUGCUGUAUAGUGACUACUUUACUACUACUAUAGUGACUACUUUAACCAAACUAAAACUAAUUCAUCUUAAAUCUGUUUUUUUUAAUGUUUUUUUUUUUUUCCAUCUAGCAUGGUAAUUAACUGAUAAAUUAAUUUUGCCUGAUGUUAACUGCUUACGUUAACAUCAGCAAAAGUUGGGGCAGAAUCUGUGUUUGGACUUUUUGGGUGGUCUCUACACAUACUCACAUACUUAGCACUGCUGUAUUGUGGGCAUAAACUGUAUAUGCAGCAGGGUACAAAGAUAGCAAUAUUUCAGCCUCCAGUGUUAUCUAUUGAGAGCAACCUGUGAAUAUAUACCAGAACCAAACAGAAAGAGGGAUAUCUGCCAUUCAUGGCUUAGCAGAACAUUAUGUUCUUGGAGACUUAAAGGGACACCGAACCCAAAUUUUUCUUUCGUGAUUCAGAUAUAGAGUAUGAAAUUUUAAGCAACUUUCUAAUUUACUCCUAUUAUAAAAUUUUCUUUAUUCUCUUGGUAUCUUUAUUUGAAAUGCAAGAAAUCUAAGUUUAGAUGCCGGCCCAUUUUUGGUGAACCUGGGUUGUCCUUGCUCAUUGGUGGAAAAAAUUAAUCCACCAAUCAAAGUACUGUCCAGAGUUCUUAACCCAAAAAAGCUUAGAUGGCUUUUAUUUCAAAUAAAGAUAGCAAGAGAACGAACAAAAAUUGAUAAUAGGAGUAAAUUAUUUAGUUGCUUAAAAUUGCUGCUCUUUCUGAAUCACAAAAGAAAAUAAUUGGUUUCAGUGUCCUUCUUUUUAAGUUUUUUAUUUUUUUGUAUCUGUUAAAUAGUGGCACAAAUGUUAUGGAAUUGACAUUAAAACUGUGUUUAAUAUAGAAGGUAGUGCAAGAUGAGUCUAACAUCAGUAACUAGAUGUCUUUUAGAAUAUAAUCUUUAAGUAGAUUCAUUCAAGUAUUUUAGACCCCCCCCCAUCAAGGAUAUGUAUUCAACAAUAUACAGACUGAAUAUAAGCUACAGCUAUUAUGCAUAUAUCUGUGUUAAAAUAUUAAUUGCAACCCUCUUUCUUUAUAUAUAUAUAUAUAUAUAUAUAUAUAUAUAUAUAUAUAUAUAUAUAUAUAUAUAUAUAUAUAUGUUACCAAAAUAGAUAGUUACCAAAUAUUCCUUGUUUCAUCUCAGAAAAUAUAUAAGUAAAUUAUAAGUAAAUUUUUGCAAUCACUGAGAAAAAGGUAGAUCAGCUUGUUUAGAAUGAAUGUAUUUUGGACGCCCAGCAGUGUAUCAUUCAAGUCAGCAAAAUCUGUCCCAUUUCUUCUUCAUGCAUUCACUUAAAUAACUUUUUCAUUCAUUUAUGAAACCAUGGGAGUGGCCCUACGAGAUCUGACCAUCCCAUUGGUUAGGUGGGAUGUCUAUUUGGAUUGGCCCUUGGUCACCAUGGAAACGCAUCCUUUAAGCAGUUAAAUAUCAACUGCUAUACCGGUAUCGGCCCUUCGGUGGUAGCAGAUAGCAUAAAACAAAUUCAUCCUUAACAUUUCUAAAACAUUUUUAGACAGUGAAAUAUUUCUUUAAACUAUGUAAUAGCUGCCAUAAUUUCUUGUAUUAACCUUUCUCAGCAUCAAUCAUAGAUGGAGCAGCGUCAGAUUAAUUUCCUGAUCGUUUUGAUAUGAAACAUCAAAUACAUCUAGCAUUAUAUUAAAAUAAUUUAUAUUUCAUUUAGCCUAAAAGAAAAUUUAUAUCUCAUAGUCAUAUCACAUCAAAGUAACUUCCAUAUCUUCAGCUCACUAUAUUUUAAGAGAUGUAUUUAAAACUUUAUAAACAUUUGUUUCACAUUUAUAUGAUAUGACAUUUCACCUCACGCAGGCACUCCAUCUGAAAUAAAGUAAUAAGUGUCAUUAAUUAUUUCUUUCCAGGUCCACAAAUAUUUAUUUAUAUUCUUAAAAACACAGGUUAUUACACAUUUUUGACUGACUAAAACAGUUACCUCCCAAGCUUAGCAAAUACCCAUGUAAUAAUAAUAGAGAAUUAGACAAUUUCUCAAAUUUCUAUAUUUAAUACAUUCUGGGGCAUGCAUUCAAACAAAAAAAAACAAAAAAUAUUGAUGUUUAUUUGCUGCCUGCUUAUGUGAGCUUCCAGAGUCACGCCUCAGCAUCUGUCUUUUGUUUCCCAAGGCCUUUAUUAUCUUAAUCACCACAUGAACUGCUCAAAUAAAUCUGUGCUAAUUACCAGUU